GGGCGGGGCCUGGCGCGGCAGACGCGGCCGGUGCGGGGGAGCGCGGAGACCGCGGUGAGCAGAGGGCUGGGGGGGGACGGGGACACAGGCGGGACAUCUGAGCCACCAUGUCACCCAGGCAGGAAUCUGUUUAUCCUGAGUAUGAGACUGACAGCAGCCAGACCUCGAGGCUGAUAAGGAAGUUUAAGGAGACGCCGUUUGUGCCCAUUGGGAUGGCUGGAUUUGCUGCCGUGGUUGGAUACGGGCUGUACAGGCUGAAGCACAGAGGUGACAUGAAAAUGUCACUUCACCUGAUCCACAUGAGAGUGGCAGCCCAGGGCUUCGUCGUGGGAGCCAUAACGUGUGGUGUGCUGUAUUCCAUGUUCCGGGAAUAUGUGGUGAAGCCCAAGGAAUAAUGGAGAGUUUGGCUGAAGGCUCUGUCCUGGUGGUGGCCUGUGCACUGCAGCUCCAAACCUCAUACCAAGGGUUUCUUGAGCAAAAACAAAAUUACACAUGGCAUUAGAGAAUUGUUCUACUUGUGUAUGGUACACUGUGCUGAAGGCUUAAAUGAUUGUGCACUGGGGGAGUGGGUAUUGGGGUCUGGUUCUCUCUGAUUGACACCACCACAUCCCAGUUUUUAGGGGAUAUAGUGGAGUACAAUCCCUUUAUCUUACCCUUCAACUCAAUCCAAAAAUUGGUGACUUCCUUGGCUGUCGUUGCCCAAAACCACAAAGUCUGAAUUGGCUUCUGUCAGAGAGUGUCAGGAGUGCCCUGCUGUCAUUUUUUAUCCUCUGCCUCCAACUUUGUAAUUUAGAAGCUUCCAGUAGCACUAAAUGACUUCUAAAAUAUUGAGAGAGAUAUAUAAACAUCUAUUUUUUUUAUUUAAGGCAUGAGAUAAGUACUUGGUAUGUUGCAGCUAUUUAAAUGUUAUAUUUAUUCAUUGUUAACGAAGACACGAGCUCCCUAUUUUUGCUAUAUCAGACCCUGGGAUUACUAUAUUUUGUAACUUUUAUUUACAGUGUUCUUCUGAAUAACAUCUAAAUGUAACAUUUAAAAUACAUAUUGUGAAAACUAAGCCUUGAUUUGGUGUCCUAAUGCUUUUAAAGUGUUUGACCCAGCUCUGGUUUCUGCAGUGUUGUUGCCCACAGAAAAUGUAAAACAUUUAAAUCUGAAAAGCCCCCCUCACCACCUUUGAGGUGUUAAAACCCUUCCCUGCAAGUUAUUUUACACUCAAGCCCCUUGUGCCUCCAACAGCAGUC